AUGAACUGGGAAUCAUUUAAAAAUAAAUUAGAUUACGAGAGUUCUCAAUUAGAUAAAAAUCACCAAAAAUAAUAAUAAAUUUUAUAAGGUUUAACAUAAGAGUGCAAAGAUUAAGAUAGAUAAAUAUAAAUACUUUUAAGAUAGAUAGAUAAUUUAUUAGAAAGUAAAAAUUUGAAAUAAGAUGAAAAAUAAUUGUAUAUAUAAUAAAACAUGCUUAAAAGAUUUAGAGAAAUACAAAUAGAUCAUAUAAAGGAACAUAAAAGACUUCAAGUAAAUAAAAUACAAUUUUUUUUCUUAAUAAUAAAAAUAAGUAAUCAUUAGAAUUUAAUUAGUAAAAAAUUAGUUUAUUUAAUGAAUCUAUGA